AUGGCCUCCCUUCUCCCCUCGUGGACGCGCAUGGCGCUUCGCACGUCGUCGCAAGCCCGCUCUCGUGCCGCUGCGGCCGCCGCCAUCGCCAGACCGGCCCCAGCCGUCGGAGCCUCACGCGCCUACUCAGGUUAUGGACGAGAGCUUGCCGGCUUGACCGAGGAUCAGAGCGAGCUGCGGGAGUCGAUUGCGAGCUUCGUUGAUACUCAUGUCGCUCCCUUAGCCGACCAAACGGACAAGGUCAGUCGCACGUUGUCCCGCUCCGGAUCGAGGCGCUGGCGAGGCUGUCCGGAACCUGAGCUCAGCGCCCAUCCGCGGACGGGUCGGCCUGACCGGGUCAGGGUGGGGCUCAUCUUGUGGCUCGCUUCAGCAAACCGAGUCGACCCCCCGCUCGACUCACGACGCGAACCAAUUCAUCAUCAGUAACUGACUCAUGUCGUCGAUGUGCACAGGAGAAUGCGUUUCCGAUGCAGCUAUGGGAAAAGUUUGGCGAGAUGGGAAUUCUCGGCAUCACCGCACCCGAAGAGUGAGUGUCAGAUUCCCUUCAGAGCAGGCCUGAACCUGAGCGUGCGGGGACCCCGGAGAGAUUGACUGCACUGCGUUCGGCUUCUCCUCUCGCGAGUCCAAACCAGGGCUAACGCAUGAUCUAGUCCACGUGGUGCAGGUAUGGUGGACUGAACAAGAGCUACCUCGAACACGUUAUUGUCAUGGAAGAGGUGAGUGACGAGCGAUGCUCACCAGCGCUGCGCCCGCGCGUUGGCCCAUGCCACAACCCUUCUGAAGCCUUCUGAUCCCGACGGCACGAUCGGGAUCGCCGCCGUGCUGUCAAUCGAACGCUCUCGCUGAUCACACUCGCCUGGUGAUGCCCACCCACCUCGCUUCUUUCGGAGUGACGCAGCUCUCACGCGCAUCCGGCUCGAUUGCACUGUCGUAUGGAGCCCACUCGAAUCUCUGCAUCAAUCAAGUCAGUCCCGUGCCUAGCCCUCUGGGUCGCACUUCCCCUGCUGCGCUGGCUCUCGAAUCUCGACGCCGUGGUACUGACCGUGCUUGGCACCCACUUGUGCCCACCUUCCCGAUCAUUGAUAGCUCGUCCGCAAUGGUAACGAUGCCCAAAAGGCAAAGUACCUUCCCGACCUCAUCUCGGGCAAAAAGGUCGGUUCCUUGGCCAUGAGCGAACCGGGGAGUGGGUCCGACGUCGUCAGCAUGAAGCUCAAGGCCGAAAAGAAGGGGGAUCGAUACGUCCUCAACGGCAACAAGUUUUGGAUCACCAACGGACCCGAUGCGUCCACUUUGCUCGUCUACGCUAAGACCGAGCCAGACAAGGGAUCCAAGGGCAUCACAACAUUUAUUAUCGAAAAGGGGAUGAAAGGCUUCUCGACCCAUCAGAAACUCGACAAGUUCGGUAUGCGCGGAAGCAAUACGUGCGAACUCGUAUUCGAAGACUGUGAAGUGCCUGAGGAGAACGUUCUCGGCCCAGUCAACGGGGGUGCCCGCGUCUUGAUGUCGGGCCUCGACCUCGAACGACUGGUGCUGUCCGGUGGUCCGCUAGGCUUGAUGCAAGCCGCUUUCGACGUCGCGAUCCCCUACGUUCAUGAACGGGAGCAGUUCGGACAGGCCGUCGGGACUUUCCAACUGAUGCAGGGCAAGAUCGCCGACAUGUAUACUAAGCUGUCGGCGACGCGAGCUUACGUCUAUGCCGUUGGGCGGGCCUGCGAUGCUGGUCAUGUCAGUCGACGCGACUGCGCAGGCGUCAUCUUGUAUUCAAGUGACCGCGCGAUGGAGGUGACCCUUGAGGCGAUGCAGAUGUUGGGUGGCAACGGAUACAUCAAGUGAGUGUCUCGAUCGAGAUGAGCUCCGAAAUUCCUCGAGCUGCAUCGACUGACCUCAACGACUUGGGCCUGUGACUUUUAGCGACUACCCCACGGGACGAUUGGUGCGGGAUGCGCAGUUGUACCGUGUGGUGAGUUUCUGGGGGAAAGCACACAAGCUCCUUUCUCUCGAUGCUAUAACGGAGGCAAAGAAUCUGACGGAGAGCCUGAUUUUCUCGACAGGGUGCCGGUACAUGCGAGGUUCGACGUUUGUUGAUUGGCCGAGAGUUCAAUCAGGAGUUUGGGAUACGUAGCUAG